AAACGACCGAAUGUCAUUUCUGUGAGUGUAAAAGCUCAAUUAGCAGCCAGAGCCUUUAACAGCACAUUAACUCUUCCUUAAUUACAGCCACCUUACGGGUGAGUGUGGACGUGAUAGGUUUAUGAAGAUGUUGCAUUAUAGUGUUGGUGUCGUUAACUCUCAAGCAUGAAACAAAAAAGGAGAGAGAGAGAGAGAGCGAGAGAGAGAGAGAGAGAGAGAGAGAAUCUAUAUGGUUCUUAAAUGUGUCUUUGUUCUGUUAUGGGCAAAGUGGGCCACACAAGCUGUCAGUGCGUAAAGAGAGCGCAUGAUGGAUCACUGAAUCCACCGCGCUGCUUUUCACAGUGUCUGCAGGAUUCAGGCUGAACAAAUGUUUUUUUGCAUUAGAGAAAUAGGCUACACCUUUUGCCAAAACUUAAAAUUCAGAUCUCCGUAAAGCCAGAUUAAAUAUUUUGACAUUUACUUCUCAAAGUAUUUUUUUUUCCCACACUGGAAAUAAAAAUAAAUGAAUGCAAAACUGACAAAUUAAAUCCGAGCUAGAAACCACUCACAGGCAACGAAUCUGAAAGGGUUAAUAUGUAGGGCUAGAUGAAUACAGACUUCAUUCAUUUAAAUUUAUUUCCAAAAGAUUUAGGACGAUGUGGAAAAUGUAAACAAAAACCGGAAGUGAUGAUUUAGAAAAACAUGGAAACCUAAUAUUUAAUGAAUGAUCGCACAAAGAAAAAAUGUUGAAACUGAGAAAUGUCAUUGUUCCUUUAAAAUUAUAAGACAAAUUUGAAUUAAAUUCCAGCAACACGAUUUAAAAAAAAAGGUUGGGGCAUGUAAAAAAAAAAAAAAGGAUUUUAAACUCUAAAGCAACUUUAAACAUCUUUAAGUUAAAGCGUGAUGUUUGACCUCUUUGUUUAAAUCCACAUCAUUACUGUGUGUUAUUAUUAUUAUGCUCGUUCAGUGAUUAUUUUUACAUUUCGUCAUUAAUCUGUCAUUUUCAGCUCCUCUUAACAGCACAGCCUGAAAAUGUGUCCUGAUGUUUGUGUUCUUAUCAGAUGGAUGAGCUCGUCUGAUUGAAGCAUUUGUCAUGUAAAUGCGAGCCCGUUUGAUGGACGAGCCCGCAGACUUGACAGAGUGCUGUAGGUCCUUUGCCAUUGGCGUUUAGCGGGUCACAUGGUGUGUCAGGAAGGUGAUAUGAGGGUGGAAGGCAGCUUUGACAUACUACCUAGAAGGGUUAGGGGCAAAGGGAGCAGCGAUUAAUGACUGCUCGCUCUUGAUCACUUUUCUGAACAAACAACAGGCCCCGGCUCCAGGAUGAACUCCUACUUAGAUUAUCCAGUGUGCAACAGGGGAGCGAAUCUCUUCAGUGCCAAGGCCGGAUACCACACUUUAAACCAUGGAUACAUGUCGUCCAACUCCUGCGCAACAAGUGAGACUUACGCACCAGACGGGCGCAUAGUCGCUGCAACUUCUGCGCCACACCAGAGCCCGAGUCUCCCCCUGCACCAUCAGACACACGUCAACUUGGACCUACAGUUUGCACCACAGAGUAACUCCAUGUAUGGCUCUCCUUUGGAGUACGGACAUCACCAGUACGGCCUCGCUCCCGAGCAGGACCGCAGCUACAUUCACGCUCAGGUUUCACCCCUGGGAACAAACAUGGCUCCCUACACCGGGGACAGCUGCGGGCCUGGAGUCUCAACCGGGGGUCAGUACUUACAUUUCGGCAGCGGGGAUCAGAGGCUGCAAGAAUACCCAGAGAGCGUUUACUCGAGACUUCCGGUUCAUAACAAGGAGAAGGACCUGGAGCAUGUGGAGGAGGCUUCGAAAACAUUCGACUGGAUGAAAGUGAAGAGAAAUCCUCCCAAAACAGCGGUCCUGUCGGAGUUCGGGGUUCCCGGCCAGCACAACGUGAUCCGCACCAACUUCACCACCAAGCAGCUGACCGAGCUGGAGAAAGAGUUCCACUUCAACAAGUACCUGACGCGGGCGCGGAGGGUGGAGGUGGCCGCCAGUCUGGAGCUCAACGAGACGCAGGUGAAGAUCUGGUUCCAGAAUCGCCGCAUGAAGCAGAAGAAACGCGAGAAGCUGGGCUGCGUUCUGGUCAACACACCGACACCUGUGGAGAAAGUCUCCGGGCCUGACACCUCUCCACAGGGGAAAGGGGAAAGACUGUGAUCAAUGAAGUGACUUUAAAAAAAAAAAAAAAA